CUGUAAUGGCGAAUAGCGCAUCGCGUGUUUAAUUUUGAGUUACGGUUAAUACUGUUUAGCUAAUUCAUGUUAAUUAAUGAAUUGCCCCCAGAAUAGUUAUUCCUGCCUUGCCUAGUGCGUUUUCAAUAUUGUAUUAGCCGAAAUCGAGCCAUGUCGUCCGACAACAUCGAAAAACUGUAUCAAAAUUACGGUAUUUUGGCCGACGCCAAAGAAGACAUCUCCAAACAUGAAAAAGAGUACACGGAAAUUUUAGCCGCUGUGAAAGGUUCAGAUAAGGAGAAAAGAUUGGCGUCACAAUUCAUUGCGAAAUUCUUCAACAGCUUUCCUAACCUCGCAGAGCAAGCUAUAGAAGCUCAAUUUGACCUCUGCGAAGACGAUGAUGUGGCUAUACGCAAACAAGCCAUUAAAGAUUUGCCCACGCUUUGCAAAGACCACAAAGAGCACACUCAAAGAAUUGCCGAUAUCUUGGCACAACUCCUUCAAUCAGAAGAUGCUACGGAGAUCAAUAUCGUCCAUAAUUCUUUGGUAACAAUAGUGAAGAGUGACCCUAAAGGUGCCUUGGUGGGACUCUUUUCCCAAAUACACCAGAAUACUGAAGCGGAGGUGGUGAAUGAAAUCGUCCGAGAGAGAUGCAUCAAGUUUUUGGCCACAAAAGUGAAACAGCUUGGAAGGGAGAUUAUAAACAAAGAAGUCGAAGAAAUUAUUAUUACAGAAUGCAAGAAAAUACUUGAGGAUGUGGUGGCAGAAGAGUUUGAACACAUCAUGGAUCUCUUGACAUGGUCAAGGCUCGGUAAAACCCCAGCAGGCAAGAAGGAGCUGGUGCAAAUUGUGGCGGCAUUAGCCUUUUCCCCUGAUGAUUGGCACCCCGAAGAUACGGAACAUGUUGAAAGAAUCAUACAAUGUACUCAGCAUGCAUUGCCACUGUUCUCGCCACAAGUGGAUUCCACACAGUUCGUGAACUUCUUCUGUGACUAUGUGCUACCGAAAUGGAAAGAAAUAGCUUCGCCGGAAGGAGGGUCUGACUACAAGCUGGAGCUAUUGAAGAUAUUUGCUGAAAUUACUGAACAUUGUGGAGAACUCGAGAAGCCACAGGAGAAGAUUGAUGCAGUUUAUGACUUGCUUAUCAACUAUUUACCUGAAGCGCCAGUUGAAGAGGAAGAAAAGACAGAUACCGAUAAAACAGAAAGUUCUGAAACCAAACCUGAAGACAGCAAGCCUACCCCAUCACUCCAGUUCUCUCAUGUGGAGUGCACCUUGUUCGCCCUUCACUCUUUUUGCCGGAAAGCACCAGAGGCACUUGGCGCUGAUGCAGCAAGGCUAAAGGCGCUUCGCUUGCGUCUACAAUAUACAGCACGUUUAACUCAAGGAUACAUCAAAAAGUUGAAGGAAGUUACUAAGGAUAAGAAGGGAGAUGACGCUAAUUCGGAAGAAAAUAAGCUCAAGGUUGUAGCGUUGAAGACUACGUCCAACAUUAAUACUUUGAUCCGCGACAUAUUCAGAUCCCCACCAAGCUUCAAGAGCAGAGUACAACUUUCCUUUUUGUCUAAAAAGACUGAAAAAGAGGAAAAACAGUCAGCAGACACCCCGGCAGACAAACAGUCACCACCAAAAAGACAUAGACCCAUCACGUUCGACAACGGUGAAGAAAAAUCAUCACCAGAAAAGCGGGCGCGUAGCGGCGAACGAAACCAAAAGAUGUACACUCCUCCGUCAGGCAAAUACAGCUCCCGGCUCAACAACAGCGGACGCUUCAGCGGGCCGCCGGCCAGGGGCCGCGGCGGCGGCUACGGCCGGCGCGACUUCAGGAGCAAUGGCGCGCCCUUCAGAAGGCGCAGCAAUUACUAAAACCAAAUACUGACCAUUUAGUGUGGGAGAGUGACAAAACACUUUACAUUAUCUAAGUGUAUGCAACCCACCACUAUCAAAAUGAAGAAUGAGAGAUUCAAACUAUUAAUAAUUAAAUUUGAAAACGGAGGCAUCUAAGCGACAUACUGAACUGACGAUUUUGGGAAGAAUAAGAUACUGAGUAGACUUUGACUCUACGAACUAAGGAUUUCUUGUGGCGCGUCUGCUGUUCAUACAUCGGUUCGUUUAAGAUUGUCUUCCUUUCUUUGUAGCAGGCAGACUUCUCUACAUUGGCCGGGUGGCGAGUUGGCGACGCGGCAGCGCUGCUGUUCCUCUUACAGGUGCAUUGCGGUGUCCAGCUGGGGCAGCUGGUCUUGACAUUCAUUUUGUAAUGUUGUUUCAGUUCUGCUCGUUCAUUUUGAUAAGCGGUCAACAUCUAGGAUGGUAUGUAAUGAAAGUUCUGUAACUUUCACACUGAUUAGACCUUGCUAAUGUUUAUCUUUAGCUCCCAUGGAGAUUGGAGUCGUGGUGGCAACUUUAUUUAUGUAAGUAUUAUUUUAAUUUGCACUCAUUUAAGCUCUGCUGGUGGUAUUCAGUUUUUGCACAGAAUCGUAAGUAUAUAACAUAGUUUCAGUCAUAUUUUGAACAUCAGUUGGAAUUUUACUAUUUUUUUUUGUGUAGUUGAAAACUAGUACAUAUAUAAUAUAAUCAAAGCUUGUUGUAUCUACAAGGCUGUAUAGUUCUACAGUUCAAUUUGUGUAAGUCCAUACAAAUAUUCGUGAUAAAUGACCUACAGAGGUAUAGGCGUUUAUCAUUACACUUCACUGGUUUAGAAAGUGCCAGCGCUGUACAGCUACUUAGCAUUACAUUUAAUGUGACGAUAAGACUUAAAGUAAGAAGUAUGGACUGUUUGUUAGAAAUUAAGAGAAGGGAAGUGUAGUCAAAUUCCAACUGUCAAACCUAAGUCUACAUGGUUUGCCUUAGUUUUAGAACUCUAAUAAUUACGCGACGGUGCCUGCUGCAUAUUUGGGAGAACUUCUUUUGGGACAAAGAAGUGUAUGGCUCUAUACAUAUAGGUGAUUUACUUCAAAAUAAUAAUAAAAAAAUC